UGUGACAUCACGACCUGCUGAAAGCUGCUCCAUUCUAGACGUUCAUGGCCUGCAUCUGUGAGGUGAGAGACCAGGGGCAGAUGUCGGGUGGAAGCUGUGGAUACCGUGUGUAAUGGCAGUGGCAGUUGGGUUGUUCAUGAGUGGAUCUUCUCUGAUGAAAAAUGGAUGACAAGGCUUCUGUGGGGAAGAUCAGUGUUUCUUCUGAUUCAGUGUCGACCCUGAACAGUGAGGACUUUGUGCUCGUUUUUAAGCAAGGGGAUGAAAUGCAUUCUGCAAAUAAUGGUAGUGACGAUGAAAAGACUGGACUAAAGAUUGUGGGGAAUGGCAGUGAGCAGCAGCUUCAGAAGGAACUUGAGGAUGUCCUUAUGGACACACCAGCUGAGUAUCAGGAUUUGCAUGUAGAGGAGAUUGAAAAGGCUCAGGCUGAAGAAGACCCAGUACAGCCCUCCGAUGAAGUCUCAAUUACAUCUUCUACUGUGAACCCAUCAUCAGUAGGGCUGCAGAAGACAGACAUGAGCCUGCCAGUUAAAGCAGCCCAGCAAGAAUGUAUACAUGGCACCAGUGUGUUCUCUUCAGUUCCUGAGGAGGACAGUGUCUUGUUCAGUAAGCUUACUUACCUAGGGUGUGCAUCUGUAAAUGCUCCUCGAAGUGAGGUGGAGGCCCUAAGAAUGAUGUCUAUUCUGCGGGGGCAGUGCCAGAAUGCCCUAGAUGUUACUCUGUCUGUGCCUAAUGUUUCUGAAGGAACUGUCCGACUUCUGGACCCUCAGACAAACACUGAAAUUGCAAAAUACCCAAUCUACAAGAUUUUGUUUUGUGUUCGAGGACAUGAUGGAACUACAGAAAGUGACUGUUUUGCAUUCACUGAGAGUCAUUACAAUGCUGAGCUGUUUAGAAUACAUGUGUUCCGGUGCGAAAUACAAGAGGCUGUGAGCCGGAUACUUUACAGUUUUGCAACAGCUUUCCGUCGUUCAGCCAAACAGACACCACUCUCUGCUUCCAUACCACCACAGACGCCAGACAGUGACAUCUUUACUUUCUCUGUAUCCCUUGAGAUUAAGGAGGAUGAUGGCAAAGGCUAUUUCAGUGCGGUCCCUAAAGAAAAAGACAGACAGUGCUUCAGACUUCGCCAGGGUGUAGACAAGAAGAUUGUCAUUUAUGUUCAGCAGACUUCCAACAAAGAACUAGCCAUUGAAAGGUGUUUUGGGCUGCUUCUCAGUCCUGGGAAAGAUGUGCGGAAUAGUGAUAUGCACCUAUUAGAACUGGAGUCCAUGGGCAAAAGUUCUGAUGGAAAAUCAUACAUUAUCACUGGGAGUUGGAAUACAAAAUCCCCACAUUUUCAGGCUAUUAAUGAAGAAACUCCAAAAGACAAGGUUAUUUUCUUGACCACUGCUGUUGAUCUAGUGAUUACAGAAGUUCAGGAGCCUGUGCGUUUCCUCUUAGAGACCAAGAUUAGAGUCUGUUCAGUCAAUGAACGCCUGUUCUGGCCUUUUAGCAAAAGGAGUUCCACAGAAAAUUUCUUCCUAAAAUUGAAACAGAUUGAGCGGAAAGAGCGUAAGAAUAACUGUGAUACAUUUUAUGAAGUAAUAUGUUUGGAGAGCGAGUCAGAGAGAGAGAGAAGGAAAACAACUGCCAGCCCAUCAAUCCGUCUGUUGCAGUACGGGCAACAAACAACCAGUAUCCCCUCACCACCAGAAGAUGAUGAAGAAGAAGAUAACGAUGAACCUCUCUUGAGUGGGUCUGGUGAUGUGUCGAAGGAAUGUGCCGAGAAAAUCCUAGAAACCUGGGGGGAUCUUCUAUCAAAAUGGCACCUAAAUCUAAGUGUUCGACCAAAGCAACUAUCAGCGCUUGUUAGGAGUGGUGUGCCAGAGGCACUUAGAGGAGAGGUGUGGCAACUGCUAGCAGGAUGUCACAACAAUGACUGCCUGGUGGAAAAAUACCGACUGCUCAUCACUAAAGAGUCCCCGCAAGACAGUGCUAUAACACGGGAUAUCAAUAGAACUUUUCCAGCUCACGAUUACUUCAAAGACACGGGGGGUGAUGGGCAGGACUCCCUAUACAAGAUUUGUAAGGCCUAUUCUGUGUAUGAUGAAGAGAUUGGUUAUUGCCAAGGACAGUCUUUUCUUGCUGCCGUUCUCCUGCUCCAUAUGCCUGAAGAACAAGCAUUCAGUGUCCUGGUUAAAAUCAUGUUCGAGUAUGGUCUCAGGGAACUGUUCAAACAGAAUUUUGAAGAUCUGCAUUGCAAAUUUUACCAGCUAGAGCGCCUGAUGCAGGAGUACAUUCCGGACCUUUACACCCAUUUCUUAGAGAUCAGUCUGGAAGCCCACAUGUAUGCAUCCCAGUGGUUUCUCACCCUCUUCACUGCUAAGUUCCCACUAUAUAUGGUCUUCCACAUCAUUGACUUGCUGCUUUGUGAGGGAAUAAGCGUCAUAUUCAAUGUUGCACUUGGAUUGUUAAAAACUUCUAAAGAUGACCUACUCUUGACAGACUUUGAAGGAGCUUUAAAAUAUUUUCGAGUUCAACUUCCCAAGCGAUACCGCUCUGAGGACAAUGCCAAAAGACUGAUGGAACUAGCCUGCAGCCUAAAGAUUAGCCAGAAAAAGCUCAAGAAAUACGAGCGGGAAUACCACAUGAUGAGAGAACAGCAGGCGCAGCAGGAAGACCCAGUGGAAAGAUUUGAGCGUGAAAAUCGUCGGUUGCAGGAGGCAAACAUGAGACUGGAACAAGAGAAUGAUGAUCUUGCCCAUGAGCUGGUCACUAGUAAGAUAGCACUACGUAAGGAUCUGGAUAAUGCAGAGGAAAAAUCUGAUGCUCUUAAUAAGGAGUUACUAAUGACUAAACAGAAGCUUAUUGAUGCAGAGGAGGAGAAGAGACGCCUAGAGGAAGAAUCUGCACAGCUGAAGGAAAUGUGUCGCCGGGAGCUCGAUAAAGCAGAGUCUGAAAUCAAGAAGAAUAGCUCGAUAAUUGGAGAUUACAAACAGAUAUGUUCCCAACUAAGUGAUCGUCUUGAAAAGCAACAUUCUUCAAACAAAGCAGAAAUUGAGAAGAUCCGGCAAAAGGUAGAUGGAUGUGAGCGUUGCAGAGAAUUUUUCAACACAGAGGGUCAUUUGAAGCCUGUCAGCAUUUUGAAGGAGAGCUUCACCAUGGAGGACACAGAUGAAGAGAAAGAGUCUCUGAAGAACCAGCUGCGGGAGAUGGAGUUGGAACUGGCCCAGACCAAACUGCAGCUGGUAGAGGCAGAGUGUAAAAUACAGGACUUGGAGCACCAUUUGGGCCUUGCUUUUAAUGAAGUACAAGCUGCAAAAAAGACCUGGUUCAACAGGACCAUCAGCUCCAUAAAAACUGCCACGGGAGUGCAAGGAAAAGAGACCUCUUAAUGCAUCAGCCCUUGUAAAACCACAUUCUGAAACCUAAUGCCUUCUGUUGCCUUCCUUGGCCAGAUGUUUUGGUUUGCCUACAUGUAAAAGGACCAGAAGAGCAGCAUGGCAGGAAUGUAGAAGGGCAGCGUCUAUCCCUCUCAAAUGAUAUUUAGGCAACCCCGUGGUCUCUAGAUUUCCUCUUUGCAGUCCACAUAAAAUUUAAUCUAACACUUACUAAGGGGUCUCCUAUAGGAUACAUCUAAUUUCUUAUCACAAUUUCAUUCAAUUUACAAAAUUACUCUAUAGCAUUUUAUAUCAGGGACCCCAAAUGGUGGUAUGGGCAUUCAUUCAGUGCCUGCCUGAUCUUAAAAACAGCUAUGAAUUCACUGGACCCCCUAUCUAGAACCAGGCAGAUAAACUAGUAUUUAAUAUUACUUUAAUAUUACUUUAAUAAGCCCAUAAUAUCAUUAAUUUCUAUUAAUUUCUAAUGGAGGUUCCUGCUCUGUGCCCAACGUGUUUGUGUUGCUGCUCUGUGACUGUAUUUCUCCAUUUAUUUUAAUCUAAAAUGUAUUGCUGUACAUUGUUUUCAUAUUGGCUUUUGACUUAAUGCAUUGGCUUCACAAGGGACUUUGCUGCAGAAUCUGCUGUUACAAGAUCAUACGAAUGGAACAUUCUUACAACUUACUCCACCUUUACUACUGAAAUACAGAAUUUUCUGUAUCCAAAAAGUGGAUUGCUCUUUCUUGCAGCAAAGGGUAAUGUGUCUCAGGAGAAGUAAAUGAGGUACGAAUUUCACUUUAAAACAUACACAUCAGAGGGGCCUACUUCAUAUGUAAAACUCCAUACAUAAUAACUGGUAUAUUUAUAAAGCUGUGUAUUUCUCCAAUCCAUGAAGAGCAGCAAUUUUUUACUUUAUGAAAUAUACUCCAUUAUUUUACAGCUUUUCAGACCUGUUGUGGCCUUUUCAAAGUAAAGGCAAACAUUCCAGCAAUGGCAAGCAUAUCUUUUACUCGGCACUUUUCAACUGCGCUCUGGAAUUUUACAAAUAAAAAAAAAAACCCCCACACACAGCUUUAUAAAUACAUUAAAUUUUAUUUGAUGAUGCCUGGAAUUCGGAUAACGAUUUGUGAUGGUGUGCUGUACUAGAAGUCUUCUGUUUUCUAUGUAACAAAUAAGAAGAAAUGCUCAUGACCCUCACAAUUAUUUAGAAGCGUUAUGUAGAAUUUACCGGUCAGCAGGGUCCCUUAACGAUUGCUUGACUUCAGCGUGACAAAGGGAGCACACGUACAACAGUUGCGGUGUAUCAAAGUACCUCCAAAGUGUUUUAUUGCGGAGAAUAAACCAAA